CUUCAGCAACACCCAAGCCGCUUCUGGAACCCCCAGUCAGAAUGGGUCCAUCGCGGAUACUGGACGAGCCAGGGCUUGCAGGGGACGACUACUACGACCUCGGGGAUUUCCACAUGCCCGUCACCGCGAGCAACGAGGCGCAGACGUGGUUCAAUCGCGGGCUGGUGUGGACCUUCGGUUUCAACCACGAGGAAGCCGUCAGCUGCUUCCAGCGCGCGGUGGCUGCGGACCCAGAAUGUGCCAUGGCAUACUGGGGCAUCGCCUACGCGCUUGGUCCCAACUACAACAAGCCCUGGGGAGUCUUCGACCCGCUCGAGCUUGCCCGAAAUGUUCUUCAGGCCAGAGUUGCGAUGGUGAAGGCUCUUUCCAAAGCCCAUGCUGCGUCAGCAGUGGAGCGCGCACUCAUCGACGCCCUCCAGCAUCGCUAUCCGCAGGAGCACCUCACUCCAUCGCAGGGGUACGCCGCGAAUCACACAUUCGCCGGUGCCAUGGAACAGGUCUAUCGACGGCAUCCGGCCGACCCAAAUGUUACUGCCGUAUACGUCGAUGCGCUGAUGAACCUUACUCCGUGGCAGCUCUGGGAUAUCCGAUCGGGGAAGCCGGCCGAGAAGGCGCGAACUCUGGAUGCCAAAGCAGCUCUGGAACGCGCCUUGUCUGAGCACCCGCACCAUCCGGGCCUGUUGCACCUUUACAUUCACUUGAUGGAGAUGUCUCGCAACCCGGAACAAGCGCUGCAGGCUGCCGACAGACUGCGCGGGCUGGUCCCGGACGCCGGGCAUCUCAAUCACAUGCCCACACACAUCGACGUGCUGUGCGGGGACUACAGGCAAGCGGUCGCAUCCAACGCAGCAGCCAUCAAGGCCGACACCAAGUUUGUUAGCCGCGAUGGUGCCAUCAACUUCUACAGCCUGUACCGCUGCCACGACUACCACUUUCGCAUUUACGCCGCCAUGUUUGCGGGGCAGUCGGCAGUGGCGCUCGAGACGGCGACCCAGCUCGAGCAGACGCUGCCAGAAGCCCUGCUUCGCAUCCAGUCUCCUCCGAUGGCCGAUUGGCUUGAGGGCUUUCUGUCCAUGCGAGUGCACGUCUUGGUGCGCUUUGGCCGAUGGCAAGACAUCACACAACUCGAGCUCCCUGCUGACCGCGAACUCUACUGCGUAACGACGGCCAUGAUUCACUACGCCAAAGCCGUGGCGCUCGCCAAUAUGUCGCGGAUACAAGAUGCCGACAAUGCCCGCCAGCUCUUCCAAGAGGCCGCCAAGAAUGUGCCGCCCUCCCGCACAGUCUUCAACAAUACGUGUCGGGACAUCCUCGCGAUCGCCGCGGCCAUGCUAGACGGGGAGAUCGAGUACCGUCGCGGCGACACGGAACUGGGUUUCCAGCACCUCCGCCGAGCCAUCAAACUCGACGACUCGCUGCCUUAUGAUGAGCCAUGGGGAUGGAUGCAGCCCACGCGCCAUGCCUACGGAGCCCUCCUUCUUGAACAGGGUCGCGUCGAGGAGGCGUUAGACAUCUACACUGCUGACCUUGGCUUUGACGAUACGCUACCCAGGGCGCAGCAACACCGGAACAAUGUAUGGGCCCUUCACGGCCUUCACGAGUGUUUGACACGGUUGGGCCGCCAAAACGAGGCCCGGAUGAUCCGACCACAGCUGGAUCUUGCGCUGGCGGCAGCCGAUGUGCCUAUCAUGUCAUCCUGUUUUUGUCGGAGCAAUCGUCGGGGAUAAUCCAACAUCGCAUGCAUGUCGGGAAUCUAUUUUGUCUCACGCACGGGAUGUACGAUGAGG